AUGUCUAACGCUGAUGAUGAUUUGGUUCCAGAGCAAGUAGAAGGAUACACUGUUGGAGAAAAGAAAACAAUUGACGAGUAUAAUAAACUAGAUGCAGAAGAUGAAAGUUUAGCCAAAUGGAAAGCCUCAUUAGGUUUAUCAACCACAGGAACACCAUACCCGGUCAAGCCAGGAGACUCGAGAAAAGUAGUUGUGACUGAAUUAGCCUUGGAGUUCCCCGAGCAACCAAAUUUAGAACCAAUUAGAAUAAACUUGGAAGAUACUGAUGGCAACACCAUUUUAAAUAAGGAAAUCAAAUUUAGUAUCAAGGAGAAAUCAGUUUACCAAUUGGUUGUCAAGUUUAGAGUUCAACAUGAAAUCAUCACUGGGUUAAAAUAUUUGCAUUCGGUUAAAAGAGGUGGAUUGAGAGUAGAGAAGGUUGAAGAACCAUUGGGAAGUUAUGCCCCUAAUACGGUGGAGAACCCAUUUUACGAACGUAAAUUUACUGAAGUUGAAGCUCCUUCGGGGAUGAUUGCUAGAGGUACUUAUUCUGCUGUGUCCAAGUUUAUUGAUGAUGAUAAGAACGAACAUUUGACCGUUCCUUGGAGUUUUGCUAUCGUAAAGUAG